CAGUUCCCGAACUUCCGUGCUGCAAUGGGCUGGCUGCACAGCUUAUCACUUUUAAGUGUUUUAUUCGCCUGCAGUUUCGUUACUGCUGAGUAUAGUUACCCAAACUACCCACCAAGCCAGAGGCAAACCAGCUAUCCGACGUCAAAAACUAAUACCUACUGGCACCGGUACGUUUGCCGGGAAUCUAAUCCGAGCUACCAAUGUAUAUUCCGCGAUGUGUCAAUCGAUAGAAAUACUCCCGGUGCUUACUUCGGUGAUGUUGAGAUAACGCAUAACAGCCAGAAAAACAUUACAUUCAAAAACUCAUUCAUGAGAAAACUACCGGAGACAUUAUUGAACUCGUUCAGAGAAGUCGAGCUGCUCGAACUGAGUGGUCUUCAGCUAGAGGAAAUCGCACCGAACGCCUUCGCAUACGGUAACCACAUCCGGGAACUGUAUAUGGGCUACAACAAUAUUCGCGUAUUACCACAGGGUGUGUUUCAAAACAUGAGGGCUCUCGAAUUGUUGGGGCUGGAUCGGAACCUCCUCGAGCAUUUGCCAUGGAACAUCUUUGCCGAUACAUCUAAUCUCAUCGGACUGUCGAUUGUGAACAACAUCCUGCAGCGUAUCGGUGAUAAUACCUUCAAGAAUGUUAAAAAAUUGGAGAAUCUAGAAUUGUCCAGCAAUAAUCUCACCUACAUUGACCUUUCGCUCAUUCCGAGCCUAAAAUAUGGAAAUGUGAGUUCCAACCUGCUUACGACAUUGGCAAUCCCGGUGGCUGUGGCAGAACUGGAUGCCUCGCACAAUCGCAUCGCCACUGUGACGGGUCCAAACAAUACAGAGCUCGAGAGUCUCUUUUUGCACCAUAACAACCUAACAAACAUCGCAUGGCUUGGGCGCUAUUCCGGACUGAUCGUUUUGGAUCUUUCAUACAAUGAGAUAGAAAAGGUAACAGACAAUCACUUCAAGAAAUCGUACCGUCUAGAGAAAUUAUACCUGUCUAACAACCGGCUGGUGGCAUUGAACCUGAAUUCCGCACCUAUCGGAACACUCAAGAUACUCGAUGUCCGGCACAACCAUCUACUGCAUGUGGAAAGGAAUGUGAAUCAGUUCAAUACGCUAGAGGAGCUGUAUCUCGAUCACAACGCGAUCGUAACGCUCAAGCUCAGGCCCAAUAACGCACUUCAAAAUCUCACACUAUCGCACAACGAUUGGGAUUGCAAAAAUCUGGAUGAACUGUUUCAAAGCGUGUCGGAAUCGGUAAUAAAUGACCGUGACCGCUCCUGCAAGGCAGACUACCAACUAAAGCAAGGCAUUUGCUGUAAGGAAAGUGACAAACCACAACUAGACCGACUGUUAAUGCAGAUCAGUUUGACGAUCGAUGCAGAAAAGCAACAGCGUGCCGAAGGAUGUUGCAGUGCAUCGGAUAUAAUCAAUAGCGUCCGGAAGUUGACCGAUUUCAUUACUCAGGAAGGCAUAUUGGUGCAAUCCAAUCCACAGCUCCAGACCGAAAUUAACCUACUGAAGGCCGAUGUUCAACUGCUAACGUACCUACAGUCGCAACAUGAGCAACUGCUUGAACUUUUGCAUACCGGGGUCGAUAAUGCUGUGCGUCGCUACCGCGUGAUAAAGCUAGGAUUGUAUCUGAAUAUUUGAUGUUCGUUUGAGGAUGGAGAAACAAGAAAACGUUAAUCAGAAGCAAACCGCAAACAACAGGAAGUGGCAUGAUUGGAACAGGAAAACGUAAACCUUGAUAACCUACUGGAAGUGAAGAGAAGUAAGACAUGAAUAAAGAGACGAAGAGCCAAACAGUUAAAGUGUAACGUUUGCAAUAAAGCUUAUAACUAAGUGAUAGAUCGCAAUACGGUAUCUUUCAUUCCCGUAAUGGUAGUAUUAGACCGAAGGCAGGAACACAAUUGAACUGUAAACUUCAACUUUUUAUUUCUUCUCCCCUUAAAAUCCUUCUUAAAUUCCCACAAAAUGCGAGAGAAAUGAUUGAUCAAUUUUGAACACGAUUGCGAAUGGUUGGAUGUUCGUUAUCAGCCUGAUGUGGUGAUGUAGUGUAUGCAUCAACUCACGCCAAAACGUAGAAUGCGAUCGUACACCAUCACUUGCAAGUUACCGAAUGCACAGUUCGUGCCAGCAAAUGUAUCACGUAGGGUAUUUCAAAUAAAAUAUCAAC